AUGGAAAUGUCAAAUUAUAUAUGGCGUUGUCAAGAUCACAAUGAACUUGUUGUAUUUCUUGCAAGAUCCAUUUCAGAGAAAAAAACAAUAAGACUUUGCCAUAAAUGUGUUAUUGACAAAAAACAAAAUUUAAAAUUAACGAACCUAAUUUUAAUAGAUGAUGCAAAGAAGUACCUUUAAGAAACAAAGGCUGGAAUAAUAGAAGAAAGAGAGUCACUUAAUAAAUAUAACAUAGGAAUAUUAAAUGACAUUAAAGAUAGCUUAGGGAAUCUUGCAUAAAAUUUCAAUCUCUUAAUUGAUAAAAUUAAAGUAAAUAUAGACUCUGGAAUAAAGACUAUAGAAGCGUCUUCAAUGUAAUUCUAAAAAGAAUUAACUGAUAUUUCAUUAGAUCAAAUAGAAAAUAUCAAUAUUGAUAAAAGCUCAAUUUUAUAUUAAUUCAUUAAUAAUAAGGAAUUAUAAGAUAUAAUUUAGAGUCAAAUCGGUAAUUUAUUCAAUGUUCAACUUUUGUAAAAAUGUCAACAAUUAGUAUAGUGUUUAAAAUUUGGAGAAUAAAGGGAGACUUUAAAUUAACUCUUUAAUCUUGGGUCCUUUAUUGAUCAAUUGACAUAUUUAAAGACAGAUUGGAGAUGCGAUAAGCGUUAAUAGGAAAUAGUUUUUGUUGAUUUAUCCUAAUAAAAAAGUAUUCACAAUAGAUUAGCUUGUCUUGAGAGUGUGCCUGAAUAUCCUAUUUAAUACACAAAUUUAGAAUUAUUGCAAUAAAAGUGGUAGAAGUAUACCGAAUAAGCAUUGAAAUUAUUUAAUUUUUAGCAAAGCAAUACUUAAAGUAAAUAAGAAUAAGUAGUUCGUUAACUUAAGGAGUUUCGAGAAAUAGUUUUGAAGCUAUUCGAGUAAUUAACUGAAUCAAUUUAAUCCAAAGUUGCAUUAGAAAAUGACGAUCUUAAACAUCAUCAUAUACUAUUUUAAAAAACAUGGCAAGCCUUAAGUAAAGAAAAUCUAAUUAAUAUUGUUGAUCUUAUGAGUUCGUAAAAUAAAUUAGCUUUAGUUGAUCAAAUGAUAGAAUAAGAAUUUUAAUCCAAAGAUUAAGCUAUUGAUUCAAUGAUUUAUGUUCAAAUGUAACAACUCUAAAAUUUGAUAAACUCUACAUUUCCAUAUUAAAUUACUUCCAAUGGUAAGUCCUUUGUUGCAAAUGAAAAAGUAGAUAAAAAUAACAUUAAUGUUGAAUCUUAAAUUUAAAAAUCGCUAUCCCUAUAAUCUGUAAUUCUCAUUCUUUCGUUAUAAAUUAAUAAGUAAAUCAUACCCUCUAUUUUCAAGCCAUUUACCUAUGAAAUAGUCUCCUAAAUCUCAGAAAGUAGUAAAUGUAGAGCAUUUGCAUUUAAUUAUGACUCAUCAAUUUUAAUUGCUGGUUUAGAAGGCGGAUUAAUAAAGGUUUUUGAAUUUAAUGUAGGAUAAAUAAAAGAAAUUUAACAAUUUAAAGAUCAUUCAAGUUAUAUUCAAAGUUUAUAUUUCAUGUAAAAUUCUUCUUCUUUUAUAUCUGCUGGCAAUGAUAAAUAGAUAAUAGUCUGGAGGAUGAAUAAUUAAAAAGAAUGGCAGAGUUAUCAAAAAUUAGAAGGUCACACUGAUAGAGUUAAUUGCUUAAUAAUGAAUAAAUCAAGAAGAUUGUAUCAUAUCUGGUAGUUUUGA